AUGCGGGGGGCCUCUGGUGGCGGCUCCUUCCUGGACCGCAGCCCUGGAGGCUUUCUUCCCCCAGGUAUCAGUGCGACGGCCCCCAAGGGCCGCAUUAGCGGCCUGCCCACGACCUCCGGCGGCAAGCGCUUCCAGCUCUGGGCCCUAGGACUCUUCUGCACCGAGCGCCACCUGGCCAAGCGCCUUAAGAACAACAGCUUCUACCCGUUCACACAACAGCAGCCCAAUGUCUUCGUGCUCGAGUACUACCUGGACACACUGUGGAAGGGGGCGCUGCUCUUCGUCGUCUGCCUCUUCCUCGUCAGCUUCGGCCUUGGGAGCCAGGUGCUGAAGCAGGAGACGUGGGGCUUCCCCGCGUGCGGCGUGGGCGUUGGCCUGUGGCUCAUGAUUUCGUCUUUGCCGCGGCGCCGCCUGGUGCUGAACCACAUGCGUGGCACAUACCACUUCUCUAUCCAGGGCCGCACCGUGUGUCAGGGCCCUAUGCACCUGGUCUACGUGCGCCUGGCGCUCAGCUCUGACGCCUAUGGAAGGUGCUUCUUCCAGUUGGUUCUAUGCGGCCACAAGCUAGAGCCGCUGGUGCUGGUGCAGCUGUCGGAACGCUACGAGCAGACGGAAUACCUGGGCCGUCACAUUGCCCGGAAGCUCAACAUUAACUACUUUGACUACCUGGCCACGUCGUACCGGCACGUAGUCCGCCACUGGCCACUGGGGGCCACCUUCAGCCCGGGCAUCGUGCAGCGCAAGACGGGCACUUAUGACAAGCGGAUCUCCCAGUCGGACCUGGACGUGUGA